AUGGAGCGUCUGCUGAGUGGACUUCCAAAUUUGAAGAUCCGAGAAAAGAUCCGGGAUGAUGAUGCCACAGACCAGCUUCAUCACUUUGUCACGGUGUAUAUAUUUGCAACUUUCGCCUUAGUUAUUGGCUUGAAAGAGUAUGCUGGUGCUCCGCUUGAUUGCUGGGUAAUCGCUAACAAUUGGAAACAUUUCCAGGAGCAUGUUAACUCCUACUGCUGGACCCACAAACUUUACCGGUACCCAAACAAAUUUGAUUGGAAUGAGGUACCUUAUGAAAUAAGUACCGAGCAUGGAGGGCCUGCAAACUCAACCCUGUUAGAUACAGAGGACCUGGGAGAAAUCAACUUCUACCGCUGGAUCACAGUUAUAUUCAUUUGCCAGGCUUUCAUGUUUAAACUGCCAAACUUAAUCUGGAAAGAAUGCAACGAGUAUUCAGGAACCCAGAUUGAGAAAAUGGUGACUAUGAUUGGAGACAGUUCAUUUGAAACGACAGAGAAGAAAAACAACAUAUUUGCAGGCGUUGCAGAAUUCCUGGAAAUCUGGCUGAAGAUUAACCGUAAACCUUUCUGGUUCAUGAAAAGUAGAGUGGGCAGACAGACAAAGAGAGUCUUGCAACACUGGAUGUUGUGUAUGGGUGCAAACACUGGCAACUACCUGUCCACGAUGUAUUUGGUGGUGAAAGCCCUCUUCCUCAUUAACGUCAUCUUGCAGUUUUUCAUUCUCACAGCUUUUCUGGACUUCAAUUACUGGCAUUAUGGUGUACGAGCCUUGCAGAUUUACUCUGACUCAAAGUCAAGGUUGGAUCGAAUCCAUUUCCCCCGUGUGGCCUUGUGCCAUUUCCAGGUGAAAGGCCAAGGCACCUGGAUCCAGUGUCUGCUGACUAUAAACAUGCUGCUGGAGAAGAUGUUUGUGGUCGAGUGGUUUUGGAUGUUGCUUCUGCUUGUGUUGACCAUCUACAGUUUCAUAACAUGGCUGACAAGAGUGCUCAGAACUGACCAGUCGGUCAAAUUUGUUUCAAAGUAUCUCUCAAUCCUAAAUGAAGAUGGCAGCUCACCUCAGGAGGGAAAGAGAACUGUUGUCACAUUCGUCCGAGACUACCUAGGCAACGAUGGUGUUUUCAUGCUGCGCAUUCUAGCAACUAACACAAACGAUGUUGUCAUGUCUGAGUUGGUCACCAGUGUCUGGAAACGUUACAUCGACUACGAGAACAAAGCAGUCAAGCCCCCUGAACUACCACCCAAAGAACCGGAACCGUCAUUAGAUUUAACACUUGAUGAGUUAGAAAUGGAGCCAAUGAAUGUCCACACAAUCAAUCUGGAUAAGGAUAAUGAUUUGGAUGGACUCCAUAUUGCUUAA